AACUGUAAAACAUCUGUCACCCAUUUCCUUCAUGGUUACAUGUACAACCUUGUUGUUUCCUUUCCUUGACUAGAGAGAUCUGCUAGCCAACUAUUAUUAAAACCCCAAACCCCCGCAUCUAUAAAUAAAUACCAUCAUCUUCUUCUUCUCCUCCCAAACACUCACUUACCCAUCCUCAAACAAACACCAAUAGAACAAGAUCAAAAAAGUUACAAAAGAGAGCCAAAGAAAAAUAGUACAAGCCAGUGAUUGAUCAAUCUCUAGCUAUAGCUACCCCUUCAACAAUGGUGAUCAAGAGUGAGCCCAAGAUCCAACCAGAGCCAAACAAAGCAAUACCAUCAACAUCAACAUCAUUGAAAAAGAAGAAGUAUAAGGGAGUGAGAAUGAGAAGCUGGGGUUCAUGGGUAUCUGAGAUAAGGGCACCACAUCAAAAAACAAGAAUAUGGUUAGGCUCUUAUUCCACCCCAGAGGCUGCUGCUAGAGCCUAUGAUGCUGCACUCUUGUGCCUCAAGGGCUCCUCAGCCAAUCUCAACUUCCCAAUCUCCUCCUCCUCCUCUUCCCACCACCACCUCCCUCCUCCAGACACCAUCUUGUCCCCUAAGUCCAUCCAGAGGAUUGCUGCUGCUGCUGCCAAUGGUUUCAAUGACAACAACCCCACCACCACUCCACCACCACCACCACCUCCCUCCUCCACCUCCUCAUCAUCACCAUCAUCUCCAUCUGAUGAUAUGUCAUUUGUAUCAUCAUCGUCAUCAUUAGAUGCCUACACACCUUAUGAUGAGUCUGAUGAACCAAUGUCUCUGAUCACAUCAUCAUCAUGGUACAACUUUGAUUCACCAAAGUACACUGAUAUGCUGAUCAAUGGGACUUUUUUCGAUCCACCCAUGAUUGAGUUUGAAGAUGUCUAUGAAGAAGGAGAUAUUCGGCUUUGGAGCUUUUGCUGAUGAAGAUUCAUCAUCAAUUGAUUCAAUUCAAAUCAAGACAACCCAUCUCUUUAUAUUUAUUAAAUUUGUUUAUUAUUUGGAUGAUCUUCAGUUAAUUGCUUGAAGACAUUGCUGACAGUGACAUAUAUGUGAGUUUUAGGAGCACCAAUUCACAUUUGAGUGAGACAUUUUUUGGACUCACCCAUGUGAAUUUCUAGGUAUUCAAUUUAUUUAUUAUGUAAUAUAUAUAUAUCUAUAUAUAGAAUUGCUGCAAAGUGUGUGUAAUAUUCAUUGUAUUUUCAGUGGUAAUUUGUUGAUUUUUAUUGUAAAUCCUUUGGUAUAAACAUGGUUAUGGUAGGAAAAAUAAGAAAUAA